GGACCGAUUCUGACCGGAUUCGGCCUCCUCCCCUCCUCCUGGCCGAAGGUGCCCCAAGGAUCCCCGCGGGGGGCGCCGCCGGCGGGCCCCAAGAGGGCCCACAGAGGCCUUGCUGUAGCCGUUUGGGCUCAAGUUUUUUGGUUGGCUCGAGCCGCGCGGCGAGGUCGGGUCUCGCCAGCGUGCGGCCCACCGCCGCCGCCCGGUGCAGGAGCCCAUGGUGUUCUCCAGCCUUUGGGGCAUGCUGCCGGUGUUUGGCGCGCGCUCGGCGAAGGUGGACCCCCGGGGCACGGGUGGUCCUCAGCUGGCCGCGGGCGGCAGGCGGCGCUGGGCCCCUCACUGGGGCAUCGCGCGCGCGCAGCUGCAGGAGCUGCUGCUGCAGCUGCGCAGCGGCGACAGGUGGGUCGCCACAUACAACGUUUACGACCUGGUGGACAAGUUUAUCAAGCCAACCACCGCGGGCACGGGCACAGGAUACGCGCUCAUGAUAAACAGGGACCAGCCGAAGGAGGUCAACCUGAUGGUCUCGCACGCGUGGUCUGAGAACGCCGAGGAAUUCCUGGAGACCUGCAUCUGGUACGCCUCCGACACCGACGCGAUGUUCAUAUGCGCCCUGGCCCUCUACCAGGUCGGGGACGCGUCUGGGCCCACGGUCGAGGAGCAGCUGGGCGACGGGCCCUCUGACAGCCCCUUCUUCCGAGUGCUGAAGCACAUCCGCGACCGGGGCCGCCGCCUGGGCCCACUCCGGUGGCCGGUCCGGUUUAUCUGCACCUGCCCGCCGGCCGCUGCUCCUGGGAACCGGGCUCAUCGCGCUCUACCUGACGACGCUGUGGCACGGCUGCGCCCCCCUCGCCGACGCCUGCGCCACCAGGGUGAUGUUGGAUGGCUCGGGCGAGGCGCGCAUGUUCUCGUGGGAGUGGCAGUGGGUCGACCUUCCGGACGACACGUCGGGCAGCUCUCGAGCUGGGCUUCUGCUCCUCACGGCCGCCCUCGCCUGCCAGUGCCUCAAGAGGCUGACGUGCAGCGGCCACGUGGUGGUCGUGCCGAACAGGGAGUGCGACAUCUACACUCGGCUCUGGUGCGUCUAUGAGAUUUUUGUCGCUCGAGAGCGCACGGGCGUUCCCGUUGCCCUCGGGCACACCUUCGCCUCCGCGGGAAGAUGUAGCUCCCGGGAGGCGACCUGCGGCAAGCCAGUUCAGCCAGGGGACCCCCCUAAUGCAGACACUGUCCGCAUCACGAAGGAGAUCCUCGACGCCGGCGGCGACAAGGAGCACGACCGCAUCGAUCGGGCCGUCUUCUUGACGACCCGCGCCAUGUAUUUCAGCGCGGCUUUCUGGGCCCUGUGGUUCACGGCGCUCGUGGGCACCUUCUGCGCCGCGGAGUGGCACCUGCGAGCCCCCGAGAUCGGGGCCGGGGCGGUAGUGGGGGACCUGCUCGCGUGCGCCGUCUGCGGCUGUACCGUGGUAUCUCGCGCGUUGUUCGCGUGCACCAGAGCACAGGGGCGCCUCGCUCCGAAGGCUGUCGCGGUGGCCGUGCUUCCCCUGUUCUUAGGCGCCUGCGCGCUCACCUUCGCGAGUUUCGUUGCCAGGGUGGCCUUGACGGACGAGGGGAAGAUUCGUGAGAGUUUCGGCUACACGCUCUUCGCCUCCUUCUGUGGGAACGGUGCCAGCUUCCUCAUGGCUGGCUGCGCGAUUGGUUUCAUGGGCAUUGCGGCUGCUGCGGUGGCACAUUCGCUCCCCAACGCCCUCGUCGGCUUCGCGAUUCGGCGGCCCGCGGCGUUUUGCUUGCUGACGUCCACGCCGCUGGUGUUGCUGCACGUCAUAGUGUUCAGGACUCGGAUGUCGCAGCUUCGUGACCUCUACGCGGCGCUCGUGUUCCACACGGCGGGCGUCAUCGGCUAUUUUUUCAUCUCGGUCGGCCUUUCGUGGUGGAUCCUCGUGCACGAGUGGGGCGUGAGGGCUGACCUCAGUUAUUAAGACUUGGACGAUCUUCGCACCCAGACAUGUUUCAGAGAUCAGCGCCGCGCCCUUGCCAGCCCCAGUUGUGUGGUAUUCUGGCGCGCUCAGGAGGUAUGAUGUUGACUGGUUGCCACUCGCUGCAGACGCUGUGUGGCGCAGAAUUGUUGUGCCGAGCGAGUGCUUCAGGGCCUUGUCGUUCCAGCCCGGGCUAGUGAAGAGCUGCGUGUUUGUUCCCAACCAUCCUGUGGUGUUGGGUCCUCGUUUUGUAGAGACGGCGCCCCGCGUUCCUCACCUCCUCCUCCUCCCCCCCCUCCCUCCUCC